AUGCGGUCUCAAGACCACCUAGAGAGUGUGAAGCUCUUUGGAAAGAACAUCUUCGGCCGCCGCAAGACUUCAAGAGAGAAUGGCUUAGGUGACGGCGCGGCCACGGGACGACAGUUGCAGAUAUCGGGCCCCUACAACUUUCGACACCUCAAUCACACCAAACACGAACACCCGCUCAACCUUCCUCGAAGCAGCUAUGUCGAUCUAAUAACCGAGUUCUCUGCCAUCUGCGCCGACCAACGGCCAACUACUGCUGGCCAUCUCGGAGGAAUUGACGUCGAGGACACGUGCUUGGCCAAACUAUCGUGGCCGCUCAGGUCAUCUAUCCACGAAGAGCCCGUGGAGCCGACUCUCCCGGUAUCAUCCGCCCCCUCACCCAGAUCAUCAAGUCUGGUCACGACGCCCUUCAUCAUCUCCUCGGACUCUGUCGUCACCAGCGACAGUACCCUGGAACACCCCCAGACCAGCAGUGGGGUUAAGAUACCCAGUUGCUUCAGUUUAACAAUGGAAGCCGCCGAAUAG